GUUGAAAAAACAAAGACCAGUAGUAGUAGUAGUAGUAGUAGUAGUAGUAGUAGUUCUCAACCAAAGAGUAGGAAAAAAAGAUGCCAUCGUUUAGCCGACUGAUGAUUGUUUGGACACAACUAUUGUUAUUGUUGUCAUUAAUGAUUUUGGUCAUCAAUGGUCAACAACAGCUUCAACAACAAUACACCAAUUCAUUGGACAUGAAUACUAAGGACGUCCAGAUUAAUGUCGGCGACAAAGGAUCGUUCAGAUUGUUCAUCGAAAAACCGCCGCCGACCGGACUGACCGUAAAUGUUAGCAUUGGGUGCGACGGUAGCGACGAAUGUCAUACAUUCACAGCCGACGAUAACUACACUAUUCCCGUAAAUAAUCUGCUGUUUACGGCUCAGACCACUGAAUACAGGUUUCGAUUGCGUGGACUUAAUCCGGGACACGAUGUCAUAGUGGCCACAGUUGUGACCAAACAAUCGGGUGUCGACGAUUCCGAUGCCUUUGUACGCGUACGUGUUGGCCGGUCGCGCGGUUGGGCAAUAGCUGCCGAUGUUGUCGGUUGGAUCUAUUUCCUGGUCUGGUCGGCCUCUUUCUGGCCACAAAACAUAACCAAUUGGCGCCGAAAAUCGGUAAUCGGUUUCAACUUGGACUUUGCUGCCCUCAAUGUCACGGGUUUUGUAUUCUAUACGUUCUAUAAUUCGGGACUAUAUUUCUCGACCCUAGUCCGGGAAUUGUAUGAAAUACAUAUUCCGAGGUCAGAAAUACCGAUCCAAUUGAAUGAUGUUAUCUAUGCUAUACAUGCGGCCGCCGUUACUGGGAUAACACUUGUCCAGUGCUAUGUCUACGAAAGGGGUGACCAACGUAUGUCAUUAUUGGGCAAACUGUUUACCGGCGGUGUUUGGUCGGCAGCCGCUGUCCAACUGAUUCUCUGUUUAGUCGGCGUUGAAUCGUGGCUAACAUUUCUCUACUAUUUUUCUUACGUCAAACUUACGGUCACUUCUGUUAAAUAUAUACCACAGGCCUACUUUAACUACAAGCGCAAAUCGACCCACGGGUGGUCAAUGGCCUUUAUCUAUAUGGACAUCAGUGGCAGUGUUAUGAGUCUAUUGCAAAUGAUAUUCAUUGCCUAUAAUUACGAUGAUUGGAAAACCAUUUUCGGCAAUAUUGCCAAAUUCGGACUAUCCGUGGCCUCCAUUGCCUACGAUAUACUAUUCUUUCUCCAGGAGUUUGUCUUCUAUCGCAAUAGUCAUCCGAAUCUACCGAAAGAGUUGGCGUCCACUGAACCGCUGGCCAACGACUCAAUAACAACAACGUUAGCCAACGGCGGCGGUGGUAAUGACUAUCAUCGGAAAGUAUCGGGCAUUUCGGUUGCCAGUAUCGGCUCUGUAAUGACCCAAUCGUUUAACGAUAAGUCAAACGGCAAACGAAAGUCAAUUGUUUCGAUAAUUUCGGCAAAAAGUAUGGACGGAUUGCGGGCAGCCUUUAGUGAACAACAGUUUCACGUCAACUGAUUGUUGAAGACAUAGUUAGUGAUACAAGUAUUUUGUUGUUUGGUGUCAAUUGUCGCCCACUCUGGUCGUCGCCUCCUCUCUCUCUCUCUCUCUCUCUCUCUCUCUC